AUGGUUUGUUCAGUCUUAGGUGCUGAUGUGGCAUCCCGUUUAGAGCGCAUCGCCGCAGCUCCUGCGCCCGCUGUUGUUGUUGUUGUUGUUGUCGAGGCUGUGGUUGUCGAUUCCGUGGAUGACGACGUGGUGGUCGACCCCGCAGUCGUGGAUGACCCUGUAGUUGAUGACACUGCACUGACCUCAACUGCAGCCGAUGACGAGAAGGAAUUCCCGGUCGCUGCGGCACAUAUGGUUUGA